AUGGAUUCCGAAAAGGCCAUCGCGGCCAUCAAAGAGGCCAGACCCCCUGCCACUGACCGCUUCACAUAUCUUACCAUUGUCGAGACGAACCUCUCCCCGGCCGUCCUGCCAACCCUCAAUGAAGUCCUCCAAGAUGCAGAGCUCACUCAGGAAAUCGGUUGGGAUCUGGUUUAUAACCUAGUCAACCUUCCCGGCUCCGACGAGUGCUUGGAGACGAUUGCGCGACUGGGCAACCCCCGUGAAGUUAUUCUCAAGGUCCUCGAAACCCUCGAACUCCUCAGCCAGGAUGACGGCUAUCAGAGCGACGACGAAAGUGAGGCAGGGGAGACCAACGGCGAGAAGUCGGUGCCGUUUAAGCAAAAGUUCAUCACCCUGGUCAACAUGCUGUCCAUCCUACAUAAGCGCAUCAAGACGAAAUAUCCGAGCCGAUUCCUCGCAACAUCCCUACAGACCAUCUACAACACCUACCGGCCCAACCAUGAGAUGACUGCGGCCGUCAUCAACCUCGUUCGUAGCUUAGCCGGUAACAAGAGGCCACCUCUCCCCACCCGCAAGUCGAGCGUCAACGUCGCAAAUCCAGAUCAGCAUGGGGAUGCCACUAAGAAUGCCCCCGAUCCCGAGGCAGACAGGGAAACUGAGCAUCCCACAGAGACUGCGAUACAGGAAAGGUUGCUCUUGAGCUUCGCGACAUGCAUUCUUGAGUCCUUUGUCAACAAGAACGAUGUGGCGUGGGCACCAAGGCUGUUGGAGUUCCACAACCCGGAGAAGAUCGUCCCUGGGCGCAAGACCCUCAUGGCGAGAUUCCGUGAAGAGAAGGAGCUGUCGGAGAAGGAUGGCGCUGUUGGACAGUUGGUGGCAUUGAUCGCCGAUCUCGGUCUGUCGUCUUGCGACAAAACCUUCCUUAGCCAAGUCACCGAGGGCCCUCUCCAAACCGAUCCCCUAUCCAAAACAGAAGACAUAGCCAAGCCGGAAGACAUUGGCUUGUCGACGGGUGGAUGCGUCAUUCUUUUGGCAUACUGGGUGUUCUCGACAACCGUGUUCGACUCCGACCACCCGGUACCCGAUAUGCACAUCUUCCCCGACCACUUGGCCAUGCUCGAGAAGUUCCUUCAAGAUGACGCUGAGGAUCAGAUUCGAAAAGCGCCGGGAACGAUGCAAGCCCUGGUCACCAUCGGCCUUUGGCUUCACGACAAGGGUCUUAUUUCAGCGAUUCCCAAGGCGCCGCUCGCCAACCAAACGACGAACCCUGACGAAGCAACCUCGGACUACAUGCGCUACAUCCUUUUUGUAACACUCAUUGCUGUCUUCCACCCGCAACUACACGUGCGCAAUGCCGCGAGCUGUCUUGCCGGGCUGGUUCUCCACGCCGACCCAGCCGACGACGACCGUCUGAAGAUUCUGUACGAUCUUCUCGAAAACUGCGACUACGCAUCGCUCAAGGCGUGCGCAGUCACAUGGCUCCGCGAGGAACUUAUCGCUGCCGCUCCCAAUGCGCAAGCAGCUCCUCAAAAUCUUGCGGCUCCAAACAAUCAGGCUCCCCUCCCAUCACCAACCCUGCAGCCGGGCACCGCGACACCUGGCACGAGAUCGAGGGCUGGAACAAACAUGAACGUCUUCGCUGGUCCUCAGGCGCUCGAGACGGUCCAGUAUGUAGUAUUUCCCAACAUGGGCUUCCUCAAAGAACUGGAUCUCCAGAAGCUGGUGAAUGAGUUGGGCACCAAUGCCCCCUUUUUCCUCCAGGCUGUGAACUUUGGUUUGUUCUUGUGGAGUUCGGCAGACAAGUGGAGGAGGGUACUGCCUCCGAACUUGGAUGCGACGGUCAAGGAGCGCUGGUUCGCGCCGCUUCAUGAUGCGGUAGCGAAGGUGAAGAAGGCCGUGGACAGCGGCGAGAUUGAGGGCCAAGGGUUGGGGUCAUUGCAGUUCGAUUUGGAUGUGUUGAGCGAGCGUCUGAGUCGGUUGGAGGCGGCCGAGGGCUUUGCUGUUGAGAAGUAGAUGGUGUAUAGGGAUAAAUCUAAUGCAAUAUGCCCGACCGGAAAAGCAUGGCUUGAGCAAGAGAAGGGACGGAUUUAUAUGGACGCUUUCAAUGGCUAUGGAUGGGAGGACACGAAGUAUCAAGGGUGGAGUUUGUCGGUUCUACGAAAGUCAAGCGAAGUAAAUGUCUACUUGUACUGUUAAUGAGUAUGUGCUCGUGUAGCUGGCUGUUACGCGCCGAAUGGUCGCAAGUGACCAAGCAAGGGAGUUAUCGUAUAACCUGCUACCC